UUCUAAAACCUCCCACAUCCCAACUAAAAUCUUAUCUCCAAAUUUUCAACCAUGUCCAUGGCUUCUACCAAGAAUUUAGUCCCUUCUCAUUUUUCAUUCUUGAAUUCAAAUCCCAAAUUCACAUUCCCAAAAACUCAAUCUUUUUCAUUAUACUCAAACCCCUUUUGCAUUACAUGUUCAAAGAAGGUAAAAAGAAGAGGAAAAUUGAGGUACCCAUCUGAGAAAAAGAAGCUAAAACAGCAACAAGAAGCUCAAGUUGAUGUUGAAAACAAAUUUGAAGGGAUUUGGAGGCUCUCAAAGCUUAGUGUUUCAGUUCAUAAAGACCCUGGAAAAGAUUUCUUAGGUGUUUCAGAUGCUUUACUCCAAGAAAUUGCUAAAGUUCUUGAAUUUCCGGUUGCUUCAAUGUUGCCACAGGAGGCAUUUAAAAUUGUUAGAAAAUCUUUUGAUGCUCGCAAGUUGCAAAAGGAACAGAAGUUUGUUUAUACAGUUGACGUGGAUGUCCAUAAACUACUAAAUUUAGAGCCUCGUACUUGGGAAUUCAUCUCUGAAUUGGAACCCAAGGUUGGCUUAAUUGAGCAUUUGCCUCAAGACAGGACUUCUGGUGACAUAAUGAGCAUAGUACAUGCUUGCGUAAAAUCGGGUCAGGAUGCAACUACUUCAGAACACGGAGAUAGAAAUCUCUGCAAUGGAUCACAUACGAAUGCAAGUCAUAGAAAACCAAAAGUUGCAGUUGUUGGAAGUGGGCCUGCAGGGUUGUUUGCUUCUCUUGUGCUUGCUGAAUUUGGUGCAGAUGUUACACUGAUGGAAAGGGGAGAAGCCGUUGAGAAAAGGGGCUGUGACAUUGGUGCUCUGGUUGUUCGACGGAUAUUGCAAGAGGAGAGCAACUUUUGCUUUGGGGAGGGUGGUGCAGGUACUUGGAGCGACGGGAAGCUAGUUACUAGAAUUGGAAGAAACAGUGGUAGUGUUUUAGCAGUUUUGGAAACAUUGGUCCACUUUGGAGCUCCACAGAAAAUUUUGGUCGAUGGAAAACCUCAUCUAGGAACUGAUAAACUGGUUCCACUUCUUCAAAAUUUCCGUCGAUACCUUGAAAAGUUGGGUGUCACCAUCAUGUUUGGAACAAGGGUAGAUGAUUUACUUGUCAAGGAUAAGCAUGUGGUGGGUGUCAAAGUUUCUGAUGCAAGAGAGAACAGCUCGCACUCCAUGAACCAGCAGUUGGGGUACGAUGCAGUGGUUCUCGCAGUUGGGCAUUCUGCACGCGAUACCUAUCAGAUGCUUCUUUCUCAUGGGGUCAGCCUUGUUGAAAAGGAUUUUGCUGUCGGCCUGCGGGUUGAGCAUCCUCAAGAAUUAAUAAACAGCAUACAGUAUUCUGGAUUGGCCAAUGAAGUUCAAAGUGGACGCGGAAAAGUUCCUGUUGCUGAUUACAAGGUUGUUGAAUAUGUUAAUACAAAUGAUAUUGCUUUGCCUUCAAAUUCUGCACCAAGAAAUCGCAGUUGUUACUCCUUUUGCAUGUGUCCUGGUGGCCAGGUAGUUUUAACAAGUACUAAUCCAUCGGAGCUCUGUAUCAAUGGAAUGUCCUUUUCCCGACGGUCAUCUAAAUGGGCAAAUGCUGCACUUGUUGUUACAGUCUCGUCAAAGGAUUUUGCUGCUUUGGACUUGCGCGGACCUCUCGCUGGUGUUGAAUUUCAGAGGAUGUUCGAGCGAAGGGCAGCUGCAAUGGGCGGAGGCAAUUUCGUGGUACCUGUUCAAACGGUGACCGAUUUUCUCGACAAGAAAUUGUCAGGUACGUCAGUGCCAUCGUCCAGUUAUAGAUUAGGAGUAAAGGCAACAAAUCUCCAUGAACUAUUCCCUAGUCACAUAACCAGCUCUUUACAACAAUCACUUUUGAAGUUUGACAAAGAGUUACCAGGAUUUAUUUCAAGUAGUGCUCUUCUUCAUGGAGUAGAGACAAGAACUAGUUCCCCUGUCCAGAUCUCGCGAAGUGCUGACACUUACGAGUGCACGUCCUUAAGAGGGCUUUACCCUAUCGGAGAAGGAGCAGGUUAUGCUGGCGGGAUAGUAAGUGCAGCUGUUGAUGGCAUGUAUAGCGGUUUUGCUUUAGCGAAAAGCUUAGGUCUUUUUCAUGGCAGCAUCGAGUCGAUUUUAGGGAAGGCUCAGAGUGCUGGAGUUGCAAAAUAUUGACACAAUUAUAUCUAGUUUUGCUUUCACUAUAUUGUGUAAAUCAUAGGCUGCUCAUUGUUGAUCUAGCAAUUUUGCAUA